UACUGGAACAAGGAGAUAUCAAAACAACCGUGUCUCGCCUUCAACGUACAAGUGCCUUCCAAAAUUUGAUUCUGGCAGUGACUGACAGGGCUGGGAGGGGCAGGGUCCCAGGGAAGGCAGCGCUUCCCCCACGCAGGAACGCCCCCGCUGCCCUGGAUUUCCUCGGGCACAGGAGCACAACUCCCGCUCCAGCCCGGCAGCCUUUGCAGAAAAAAAGGCUUCUUGAAGAACUUGGAGAGAACAGACUUCCCUAUAUGACUCCAGCCGAUGAUGAUUUCCAUCAGUUGUGGAAGACCAAAUAUUCCAAGCUGAUUUUCAGAAAAUCUGAGACAGUACCUGAAGAGCUCCAUCAAAUGGUACAAAAAGGCUUUCUGACCUUGCGAGAACACGAUUGUUUCUUUCAAGAUCUUGUAAGGAUCAAAGGAAAAGAUUUCCUUACUCCGGUGUCUCGUAUAUUAAUUGGAAACCCAGGAUGCACUUACAAGUACUUGAACACAAGAUUGUUUACAGUUCCUUGGCCUACUGAAGGUUAUGAUAUAAAAUAUUGCAGUCCUCAGAUACAUGAUGCUUGUAAAGCAUUAAUCAGACUUAAUGACUACUUGCAUAUUGAAGCAGUCAAGACAUUACAAGGACAAAAUUUAUGUGAGACCAAAGAAAUUAAAGAUACUACUGUAAUAGAUAGGGAGCAAAGUUUUGCUACUUCUCUUACGGAGCGAGGGUCUGUUUCAAAAGAUCAAAGUGGUGUUUGUGUACCAGAGGAUGACUCCAUAAGUCUAGAGAACAGAACAUCUUAUAACCUGACUUUAUUAAAUUAUAUGGAUCCGCUACAAAUGCUGUACUUGAAACAAGAACCUUAUUUUGGAAUGGGGAACAUGGCAGUGAGCUGGCACCAUGACGAGAAUCUGGUUGAAAGGUCGACGGUUGCUGUGUACAGUUACAGCUGUGAAGAUUCAGGUGUGGGAGAAUGCAAUGAACAAGAACUGAAGGGAAGAGACCCAGCUGUUUGGCACGUAGGCUUGAAGGUAGCGUGGGACAUCGAGACACCUGGAUUAGCAAUACCACUUCACCAAGGAGACUUCUACUUGAUGCUUGAUGAUCUCAAUAUGACACAUCAGCACUGUGUUCUGGCUGGUUUAUCACCUCGAUUCAGCUCAACUCAUCGAGUGGCAGAUUGUUCUAGAGGAACAUUGGAAUACAUAUUUGGACAAUGUGAACUGGCACUCCAGAAUUUACAGACUGAUUCUGAUUCAAUGGCUUUAUCUUUGAAAUCCCUGGAAGCUGCAGUUGUGAAGCAAGUAGAAGAAAUACAUAAUGAGGUUGAAUUUGAGUGGCUUAGGCAGUUUUGGUUCCAAGGCAAGAGGUAUUUGAAGUGCACUGAUUGGUGGCUUAAGCCUAUGGCUAAAUUGGAAGAAUUUUGGAGAAAAAUGGAGAUUAUGACAAGUCUGGUCCUCUCCGAAGUUAGAAAAGAACAACAGAUUGAGGAACAAAGGAAUGAAACCAUCAACUGCUUCCUGCUAGUCCUUAAGGAGCGACAAAGGCUGCGUAAAGAAUGGACAGUAAGGUGUUCUGUGCCAGGUAGUGUAGUCUCACAGGCCCUGCCAAACUGGUGAUGGUACCAGCACCGUGGAAUAGUUUGGGGGUUUUUUGUUUAGU